GACAUCGACCGACGCGACAGAGACGGAGGCAGCAAGCAUGGACCCCGUGGGUGGGGUGCCGACGUCUACGGCCCCUUCGCCUUCCUCCUUGGAGCCGUCUUCCGGCCCGUGGCUGCCACCAGCAACGGGGCCCUUGGGUCCUGUUUGGACGCCCUUUCACGGCCCGCCACCUCCCGGCGGAGCCGCCACAGCGUCGACCGGCACGGGCAGCGGAGCCACUUCAACUGAUCACAUGGGCAAGUCUUCAGCGGUGGCGUCCCUGGGGGUUGUCUCUGGAUCCGUGGCGCCAGCACCGAAAAAGGCACCGCCGGAGAAGAUGCGGCCAACGGCUUACGUGACCGUCUCAGCAUCACGCGUCGAUUGUCGUUCUGCUCGGAAGGUGAACAAGGCACUCAACUGUCUGAAAGCAUCCACCCUUCAGUCCAUCAAGCGGCAAGAUGGAACCCGGAACAGGGCGGAGAGCACGGCAGCUUUGCUGCUAACCCAUCUCCUCCGACCAGAGGAGCCAACCUUGGAGCCGGCUUUGGAACGCGCCACCCAGCAGGCGCAGAGGAAGACCAGUGAAGCAGCAACGCAGACCACUGCAGUGCAGAGGGAGACCAGGGACGUAGCCAUACAGACCACUGAGGGCACUACCGAGCCAGCAGGCAUACCGGUCCCUACACCGCUGCAUAUGCAGUCGACACCGGAGGCUCUCCCGGAACGUGGGCGGACGCUAACAGCUGCAACCCUUGCUGCAGCCGCACCGGGAGCACAGAAGCAACUGAUCGGUGAGCGUCUGUCCAUCGCCGUGUUCAAGUACAAGCCAGAGCUGACGGACAAGAUCACGAGCAUGCUGCUCGCACUGGACAACUCCGAACUGCUGACCUUGCUGGACAACGAAACUGCAUUUCGUGCCAAGGUGGACGAAGCAGAGCGGGAGCUUGUGCAAGCUAUGACCCUCCGGAUGAUGGGACAGGCCAGGCCUUCCGUGCGCUCCAAGACCGUGGCGCCGAAGCCCGAGCUCGCCCUUCUUAGGGCAGAGGAGGGUGCGCGAGCAUUGAAGCUGCAACAAUUCGCCAACGCUCGGGCUGCAUGCUCAAGACUACAGAAGUACUCUACCAGCUUUGAGCAGUUUUUGGAGGAGGGCAGCUUCAAACAAUUCCACAACCAAUACCACCUCGCGAAAGAGGGGCAAGUUGUUCCUGCUGGGGCGCCGCACAUCGGCCCCCCUCCUCUUCAGACCUCCAGACUCCAGACGCCGGCUUGCGGCAACUGGAUUUGGAGCCUUGUGGCCUCGCUGACUACCAAAGCCGAUACCAAUCCACAAAUCUGGGUAGAUCGCCGAAACCAUUCGGCUCUGGGAGACGCAGUCGAGAGUUGGCUCUACCACCUCUGGUCCCAGCACACCCCGGAGACGUUGCAGGCAGUCCAGGAAUACGCCACUGCGGCGGACAACUUACUUCAGCUGAUGCACGGCAUACCUUCCACAUUGUAUUACCGUGUGACGUGGAAGCAGUCGUGGGCUACCCUCCGGGAAGAGCUCAGCCCCUGGCUCGCCUUCGACGAACCACUCCAACUGGAGGACGAGCCACAACUUGAAGUACCAGAAGCAGACGCACACCGACGAUCAUCAUCCACCAACGGCCCCAGGAAUGGGUGCCGAGCGCCAGGACGAUCGAACAGCCCGCGCGCCUGUGGAGUCUACAUGAGUAGCAGUGCGAGCUGUGCGGUUUGCAAUCCGCUGUCCUUGCCCCCGCUUAACAUGUUGCCUGCCCCUCCAGAACUGCACCUGCUUGCCCAGGUCGCCAAAGGCCUCAGCGCCAGACGGGCAGGACGGAUGACCUUCAAGAGAAGAGCAAAGGAGCUAGAACGGAGGAAGGACCUGCUUCAUCUUCGGCUUCCCGUCGGAGGUCCGCAAGAGCGCGAUCCUCGAACGGACAGGAGGAAGAAGGAUGUCUCGAAGGCCCUCAGCCAGAUUCUUCGCCAUACGGGUCGGCGAGAUGGACUCGUGAUUGAGGACAGUGGUUAUGCAUCACUUCGCGAGGUUCUCCGGCAGCAGCGCCUGGCAGACAUGGGAGCAACACGCGAGGAGAUUCUUGCGAUUGCCGAAGAAUCAGGCAAGCAGAGAUUUCAUGUGCAGCAACGAGAGGCUGGUUGCUACAUACGGGCGGCCCAGGGGCACUCCAUCAGGAUUGAUGACGAGCAGCUCCUCACCCCGGUUCUCGAGCCGCAAGAAGCUCCCACAGCCAUACAUGGCACCAUGCUGAAGCACUAUGCAGCCAUCUACCAGGACGGCCUUCGAGCCGGGGGCGAAGGAGGACAGAGACGUCGCAAACAUGUUCAUUUUGCGGUUUCAUUGCCGAAGUCUACUCGCCGAGAACAAUCCGGCAUGAGGGCCAACGUCGAGGUGCUCACACACUUGAAUGUCAGCAAGGCGCUGCAGGACGGCAUGCUCAUCUACCGGAGCACAAACGACGUCAUUCUCACCGAAGGCUUCAGCGGCCUCAUCCAUCCCAGAUACUUCAGCAAAGUACAGUAUUAUUGGAGGGGCGAAGGCCAUGAUGUGGGAGAUGUCGAGGUCCCUUCGCCGGGUCAUCUACAGGAUGUCCUUCGGUCAAUUGGAGUGCAGUACAACUGGGAGAGCCGGAAUUCGGCCCCUGCUGCCACCCUCGCUAACAAGGCCCCUUGGCGCC